CGACGAAGAGCGGCAGUUAGGGCAAUGGAGAGCCCACGAUGAUGUCGCCGCCAGUGGCGAGCGGCUUUGGGACUACUGGGUGGGAGCGAGAUGUCACGAGCUAUUCAGCUUCCAAUCCCCUGCCCUGUACAGCUUGGUUCAUUAAGGAAUGACUCUCUGGAAGCUCAGUUCCAUGAAUAUGUCAAACAAGGAAACUAUGUUAAAGUGAAAAAAAUUCUGAAGAAAGGAAUUUAUGUUGACACUGUGAAUUCCCUGGGCCAGACAGCGCUUUUCACUGCAGCAUUAUUAGGUCUUCCCAAAUUAGUUGAUGUCCUGGUAGAUUAUGGAUCAGACCCAAAUCAUCGCUGCUUUGAUGGAAGUACACCUGUUCAUGCAGCAGCAUUUUCAGGCAAUCAGUGGAUCCUCAGCAAAUUGUUGGAUGCAGGUGGUGACCUGAGACUCCAUGAUGAAGAUGGCAAAAAACCUCAGAGCUGGGCAUUGUCUGCAGGGAAGGAGAGAAGCACAGCGAUGUUGGAGUUCAUGCACCGCUGUGCCUCUCAUAUGCAGGCAAUAAUUCAGGGAUUUUCUUAUGAUCUGCUGAAGAGGAUUGACUCUCCACAGAGACUCAUCAGUAGCCCAUCCAGAUUUGGCAGCCUGAUACAUGGAAACCCUGACAGCUCUCCUAACCGCUUGCUCAAACCUGGUGUUGUUUCUUCCAAAAACAUCUACAGCUUCGGUUUUGGGAAGUUUUAUCUCACAGGAGGGACACAGCUGGCUUAUUUAGGAUCUCUCCCAGUCAUCGGAGAAAAGGAAGUGAUUCAAGCAGAUGAUGAACCAACCUUCUCUUUCUGUAGUGGUCCCUACAUGGUCAUGACAAAUCUGGUGUGGAAUGGCAGUAGAGUCACCGUAAAGGAACUCAAUUUUGCAACUCACCAAAAUUGCAGUAAGCUUCGAUUUGCUGACUUGCUGAUUGCAGAACAGGAGCAUAGUAGUAAAUUACGCCAUCCCCAUUUGCUGCAGCUGAUGGCCGUGUGUUUGUCUCAGGAUCUAGAAAAAACUCGUUUGGUAUAUGAGCGGAUUAACAUUGGCUCCUUGUACAGCAUCCUUCAUGAAAGGCGUUCUCAAUUUCCUGUCUUGCAUAUGGAGGUGAUUGUGCAUUUACUCCUCCAGAUUAAUGAUGCACUAAGAUAUUUGCACUCCAGAGGAUUUGUGCACCGCUCGGUUAGUUCCUAUGCUGUCCAUAUCGUGUCAGCAGGUGAAGCAAGACUGACCAACUUGGAAUACAUGAUAGAAAGUCAGGACGGAGGUGCUCACAAGGACCUGACUCGUGUUCCCAUCCCAGCUUUACUGUACAGUUGGUCUGCUCCAGAGGUAAUCUUGCAGAAGGCUGCUACAGUCAAAUCAGACAUCUACAGCUUUUGUAUCAUCAUACAAGAAAUCUUAACAGAUACUCUACCCUGGAAUGGUCUAGAAGGCUCUGUUAUUAAGGAAGCUAUAAUUUUGGGGAAUCAUUUAGAAGUAGAUGCCAGACUUCCAAAAACUUACUAUGAUAUUGUUAAGACAGGCAUAGAGGUCAGACAAAAAGACCGGACUAUGAACCUUCAAGAUAUUCGAUAUAUUCUAAAGAAUGACUUAAAGGAUUUAAUUGAGGCCCAGAGAACCCAUCCAGUUGAAAACACAAAUGUUCAGAAAUAUAAAAAGCAUCAUGACAUAAAUAUUUACUUUGGCAUGACAUCAGAAAAUAAGAGAGAAGCCCUUGAUUUGGAAGUUCGGGAGCUGAAGGAAACAGGCUGUCAGCCCGAUUCACCAGGAUGUCACUCAUCUUUACCUGAAAAAGCAGCACUGGAUUGUGAGGUUUUGAAUCACAGUAUAACAGCUAAACAAACUGAGAGUCCAGAAAAUCUGUCUGAAUUGGCCAGGGCUUGUAGCCCAAGUUGUGGAGAUGAGAGCCUCUGUAGUUUCGAAAUAAAUGAAAUCUACUCUUGUUACUUGGACAUGUGUGAUGAUGAUUUGGGAGAAAUUACUACAUCAGAUAUAUCUUUAGGAAAUGGAAAAAACCAAGGAGAAGAAACUAAAUCUAUAACUGGAGAGUCGCCUGAAAUAAAUAAAGCUGCCCACUUGGAUUAUGGCGAGGAAAGUCCUAUUUCUGAAGCAGGCACAGAGUCAUCCUCUGAGCACUGGGAUCCUCUCAGUGACACUUUGAAUUCACAUGUGCAGGAGGUGACCAGGGAAGCCAAGCUUGACAUGAGCAGCAGGUCCAGAAUAGAGCAAUAUAUCAGUAAGUGUAUUCUCAACUUGAAGAUCUCUCAGACCUUAAUGCAGCAGGCGACUGAAUCCCUGCGAAAUGCAGAACAGAAGAUAGGCAAACUAGAGGUGAUGAGAAAACGACAGGAGCAGCAGAUGUCCUCCUCGUGGGCUGCCCUAAGGUUUUGUGCCAGGGGUUAUGACUCAUCAGCUGUGUGGGCUGCCUUCGGGCCCCCAGCAAAGUGCUACAUCCCUCCUUCCAUGCAGGCACCAGGACAGCAGCCUGGCUGUGUUGACUAUUUCCAGAACUUGGUGAAGACAGCUCGAGCAAUGAGAGAAUUACAGGGUAUGGGUCUUGGCAGCACCGGCCAAAGAUACAAGAGAAAAGGUGGUCACAGCUGGAAGCCUUUCGAGUCUGUUCCUGAAGAAAGUAUUGGAGACCAGGCUGAAAAGAACCAGCAGGUAAAUGAGGGGAGCAAGGAGAUGGAAGCAAGGAAUGCACUGGCCUGGACACCACUCUCGUCAUCAUCCUUUUGUGGAGCCAAUAGACAGUGCACAAAUGUUAAGUUACAGUACCCACAAGGAAAUGAUGAGAGUUUGGAAAUUACUGCCAGAAACCAAGAUACAGUCAGGAUGAAUUUGGAAUCAAUACCAUCUGAAUUCUAUAACUCAAAGACAAGAAAUGAAGAUAGUGGAGAAGCACGAUUAAAAUGGACAACUGAAGUGAAAGAAAUGGCUGAAAAGGCAGCUAGUGGACAGCUUGGAAGUCUUCUUUGGUAUCCUCAGAGCAAUCUCACUUCAGACAGUGAAACAGAAAAUGAUUCUGAAUGCAUGCAGCAGCUUCCUCCUAGAGAACCAGUGAAUGCUGACUGCCACCAGACUGAUCUUCUCAGAGAUUGUGAUGAUCCAGACAGAAAGGACCAGUGUGAGAAAACCAUCCAUAAUGACUCAGACAGUGAGGACAGUGAGGGGGAGACCAGGUUCCAAAAUGUAACAGACACAAGACACCACUUGCCAAGAAAGAAAAAUCAUCCAGAACAUAGAGGAGCCUUUCACAAGCGUUUUGACUCUCCUGAAGGAAUUGAGAAGCUCUGUAGUGAGCAUUCUGUGGAAUCACCUUGUUCAGUAGAUUCUUCUGAGGAUGUAACAGAUGAAUUUCUAACCCCUGAUCAUGACUACUUUUACACCCCAACUGUUGAAGAACAUUUAGAAGUUAAGGUAAAAGUUAAGUCACAGACUUUAAGUCAUGAAGAAGAUGACUUGGAAGUCACACAAGAAGUCUGUGGUGUCCGAAAACAAGACUCUAGUAAUACAUGGUCAGGUGGAAAAAGGUUUCAAGUGAUUGAAAAAAACCUUGGAAAUAAGUCUGAGUGUGUGACAGAACUUCAGUUCACACCAAUAAGCUCAUUGGUAGAUAUUCAGGAGUUGUCUAGCAUUUCAUGGGAACAAGGAAGCUCUUGUAAGGAAAUCCCCUGCAAAACACCCAAAACAAGCCAUGGACCAACCAGUGUCAGCACUCCACUCAGCCCAGUAGCAGAGACAGCUUCAUCAGCCUUCAGUCUGUAUAAAGACUGUUCUGAAGGGAGCUCAUCCCAGCCUAAAGCCCAAGAGACCUCUUGCUGGGACAGCCAGGAGGCCAUCAGGACAGUGUCAAAUACAUUCACGAUAGUCAGCAGUGAAAAAGGCCUGAGAACGGAUUCCUUCUUCCCCUCUGAAAUGCCUUCCUUUGCAUUGACAGACCAUGGUAGCUUGUCCACAUUCAGGGAACCUGCUUCUUCUGUCACCAAGGUCAAAGCAGAAUCUGGGAAACUACUCCCUGAUACUCAGCAAAGCAGACUACAGAAAGACAUAGCAGAUUCUCCUUCACUGGAGUGUAUUGACGAGCUACCUCCACCUUCCCAGGAACUCCUUGAUGAAAUAGCUCUAGAUAAAAAGCAUUUAGAAGAAAAGCUAAUUGAGAAUAAAGGAGAAGAUGGCAGUAUACUUUGGACCAAAGAAACCCUGUACCUAACAGAAGACACAGACAGGGCUCACUCUACUCUGGAUGAGGACUUGGAAAGAUGGCUACAGCCAUCUGAGAAGAGCAGAGCACUUCAAGAAGGUUUUACAAAGAACCCUGCAAGGGAGACAAGUGUAAGAAAUCAAGAGGUAGGCGAAAAGAAGAAAAAGGGGGAAGAAGGGGCCAAGGCAGAGAAAAGGAAAACAGACAGCUUUCCUGGGAGCCCUGAAGAUCAGGAAGAACUGAAACCUGGUUUGUGGCAUUGCCUGGGUUGGACCCAACCAUCCAGGAUAAUCGUUCUGGAUCAGAGCAACACCUCAGACUAAUCUGAAUUAGAGAGUAAAUAAGUUUCCAGUAUGUUUUUGUGUUCUCCCUGUUGCACGCUCCCUGCCUCUGGUUGUCCAUGAUCCUUACGACUCUCAUCAAAUCCUCCUGCAGUUGGUGGUGCUUGGACUUAUCUCUUCACUAUAACAGACAUGAGAGGUUUGCCUGCAUCCACUUGCUGGUGCAUACAGCCUUAUUCUUUAGUCUCCAUUUACUGGUGAGAGUUUGGGGUGUAAAAAUAUUUUUGUGGGUCUAUAAAUUUGAUGCUGUGCCUGGCAAUAGCUCCUGGUCUUAUUAUGAUGGAAUGAAGCAAACAUUUACUGUUGGUUGUUGUGUAAUAAAUGUUCCCUGUGUUAGACCAGUCUGGUUUCCAUUGUGUAAGAU